GAGAUUGCCGACAUGUGGGGCAUCUGGCCACUUGCCCUGGCCUGUGAGGCAGGGAUGGCUGAGAUCGUACGACUGUUGGUGAGCGCUGGAGCUCAAACGAACCACGCUUCCAGCAUUGAUGGGUCGACCGCGCUGAAUCGCGGCGCCACGCUCUGUCGGCCGGAGGUGGUGGAGAUUCUCAUCCAAGGAGGGGCAGACGUAAACUUGCCUGACUUCGACGCCUCCACGCCUUUGCUCAACUCUGCCUGCCUGGAUCUACGUCGGGCAACUCAC